GCAGGCUGCCCUACAAGUCUUUGUUUGAAGGGCAAACACGCCUCGAUGUACUCAGUCAGUUUUUGCUGCUUUCCAGAAGCAACAGGAAUUUCAUCCCAGGGCAAGAAACUGAGGGUACUUCAGAGCUGUUGCCGAUUUUACAGACACAACAGUAGCAAGAAGAAGAAGAACCUAUGGACAGCCGGUGUGGUGUAAACAUAACGAUAAACUUUGCUGAUGGACAUGAGUGAGUCAUGACACCUGCCGUAUCAUGGACAAACACACGGACACCUCACCCCUCCUGCACUCCACAGUCAACAAGAUGCUCAGGAUGAUUAACGUUACAUCCAACAGAAAAGCCUUGGGUUCCAGAUGUCUGUUGUUUCCCCUUCUGUUCCUAAUGGUGUACUUGUUACUGCAUCUUCAACUGGGCAACUUUGUUUCUAUCUGGGACUCCAACAAGAGGGAAGCUGAGUGGAGGCACGUCUCUCGUCUCCAGAGCCUGGUCAGUCACCUUAACCAGCAGCUCCUAGAAACUGUAGCAGAGAGAGAUUUUCUCCACGAACAAGUCAGACAUAUAGUAGGUAACUUGAGUCAGGGAAAACACCUCCAGGACAUGGAGCUAGACCUGGAUUCGGUUCUCUUUGGAUUGAAUGGAGCCCGAGGGAGACCUGCAUGGACACACACACACACAGUCUGGGGCUGUACAGAGAUCGAUGCCAUACAGAUCACAGGAAUUGUGAAGAUAGGGGGCAAGAUACUGGCAAAGGGACUGUAUGGAACAGAGAUGGUGGCAGUAAAAAGUGUGAAUGUUGAUUUGCCGGAAGUUGAAACAUGCCUCAAAGCAAAAAAGUACAUUAACAAGGAUGACUGCUUCCUUCUUCCCAGCUACAAGUUGAUGAAGGAGAUACUGUUGCUUGCAGAGUUGACUCACCCAAAUGUAGUUCGGAUGUUGGGGUACUGUGUACGCGGUGAGGGCACCAGUCAGGACAGGGGAGUCACACUGGUGAUGGAGAUUGGAACUCCCAUCCAGGACUAUGGGCUGGAGACUUUACCAUGGAGACACAGGGUAAAGAUUUGCCUGGAUUUUGCCAGUUUGCUGGGAGUUCUGGAGCACUCGUCCAUGGGAGCGCUGCUGCUGGCUAACUUCUCAGACAGCAUGUUCAUGGUGCGGGAGGGUUCUGUGCGGCUGGUGGAGGUGGGCAGGCUGGUGGGGACACAGCCGCGGUGUACCUCCCACUCUGACUGCCAGCUGGAGGGACUGGACACCAGGUCUCCAUGUUCCAACUUUCACUGCAAGGAUUACAACUCCAAAACUAAUCUGCACAAUGUACAUCACUACUUCCUGCGACCUCUGUUGACAAGCAGCACCCCCAAGCGGGUUGCUCACAAAGUGCAGGACCUCGUUUGGGAGCUGGACAGUCUGUCAUUGGAUGCACACAAGCUACUGGAAAAGCUCCUCCUGCUUUACAAUGAUGAGGAGAAGACCACUGAUUCCCCACACCCCAUCAUUACUGCAGCAUCCAGGCAACAUGACACCAGGGUACAUGUGCAGAAAAAGGCACCAAACGUCCAUGGUUACAUCAAGCUGGAGAAUUCAGACUAUCAGGCAAAGUUUGACUACCCUUGUCCCCAUUCCCGUGCUGACUGGGGCUGUGUGCUGACGGCACAGGGUCUGGAAGACGCCAUCUCUAAGUGUGAGAAGGAUCCAAGAUGCCUGGCCUUUGUCUCCAUACCUCACCACAGUGUAGAAGGAUGGUUGACCAUCUUUUUAAAAAAUGGUGCAUCUGAUCCAGCAGCCAAUCAGGGAACAACAAUCUACAUAAAGCCACAGAGUGGGGGUGGGAGUAGGGUCCAGCCAGCCAUCAAUCAAACUGCUGGACAAAAGCACUCAGCCAAUCAGAACGUUGGAUUUCAGCAGCAGCCCUGUUUGGAGGAGGAGCUCCAGGCCCAGAGAGACCUGAGGGGGAGGAGAGAGGAGAGGCUGAUGAGGGACUGUGGGUGGACAGGUAUGACAGAUGAGAGAUGGGCAUCAAUCCUAGCUAACAGCAAUAUCAGCAGGGCAGAAAACUUCCAGCAUCCAGCUGGGGGGAAGGUCAUCCCGGGGGGGCAGCUCACCCUCACAUUGAAGGACAAACAAGGUCAAACGAUAAAAGCCAUGUUCAUGUCCAAGACAGGCCCAGAGGAGUUCCACCUGGCACAGCUGCUGGUGUAUCACCUGGACAGACUCCUGGGGCUGUACCACAUGGUUCCCACCUGUAGCCGCCGCCUGACACAUGUGGAGCUGCAGGCAGUGGGCCAGGUGCAGACGGUGGGGACACUGCGCGACAACUUCCUUCAGCUGAAGGACAACAGUGGAGGAGUAACAGGCACCAUGUCUGCCCAGGUCUCAGCUCCAGUGUCCAUAAAGACCCACCUGACCGUCCCUGGCCUGAGGCAGCUGACCCCUGCGGUCACUCCUCUGGGCCUGGAGCAGCAGGAUGACCUGGAGUUCCUCCUGCUGACCUGGCUGACCAGGCUGCCACCAACUCCUCUACAUGGGAUCAAAGGCCGGCGGCUGCUCCUGACCAAAGCUGAUGCUGCGUUCCUGGGCAGUCCUGACCAGCAGCAGACCGUGCUGCGUUACCUGCAUAACUGCCACUUCCCUCGCCACCUGUACCAGCUGCUGCACACAGCCAGACACAGGACAUGCUCACUGGCACAGCAGGUUUUUCAGCAAGUGAAGAAUGCCCUGCCCCCCUCCCACAGACAGGACCUGCACAUCGGCCAGGCGUCCAUGGAGAGCCUGAUGUCUGCCAUGGACAGAGACAUGAACAGACUCUUAGACCUGAUGGACACCUGCAUUGACAAGUUUGGCAUGGAUGUUGUUUUGUACCAGGAGGCAAUGAAAACAGGGUAGUCAUUAGGCAAAAGGGGCACUAGUGUCCUACACAUACAUGUAUCAUCUGUUAUUUUGUAUUUCAGAUAGGAUUGAGGCAGAUCAAGUGAGAUGACAGAGCAUUGCAGUCUAAAUACAGUUUACAGAUUCCCAGAAACCCUCCUGUGAAGUAUUGAGGCUGGGUAUCAACAGUAUUGUCUAGGUAUUGUCUAGCUGUUGUUGUAUGACCCCCUCUAGCAGCUUAUUCUUGAACUUCAAAUACAUGUAUAAUGGUUAAUGGCAGACUCAAAGCAAAAUCCAGUAUUAAUUUCUAAACAUACCACAUGUUCAGACAGAAAAUUGAGGAACAACUUUCCAAUCACACACUGCAAACCAUAUUUUCAAGAUCACCCUGGGAUUUUGUAACAGCUGUCACAUUUGUUAAUCUUGUCAGUUUCAAUGGGAUGACUGGCACAGAGCAAAGUCACUUUUGGGGCAAACUGAAUAGAAGACAAAGGCCGUGUUCAUGUGAAGUCAGUGAAGGCGCUUUACAUGUGGUUUACCCCGAAGCCGGUUUCAAUGGCUCCAUCUGAACGCUCCAAAUCACAUUGAAAGCGCCUCGAUC